AUGAACACUCAGCCAGUCAUUGGCAAACACUUGUGUACACAUACAGAUAUUGGUUGUCCUUCCAGUUUAUGGCAAAGCACAGAUACUUCACCUCAACAAAAACCAUUUGUUUUCCAUGCAGAAGGUGCUAAAGAUGAAAAAGACAGUAGCAUAGAUGGAGAUGGAAUUAUUGAUGCAAUGUUGAAAGUUCUUGAGGAAAUAACUGAUGAAAAUGACGCUGAACAUUUGGUAGAGAUUACAAGAGACAGCAACAUUGAAAGAACAGAUUUCAACAAUAAAGGUAGCGAUGAGAAUAUGGAAUAUGUACUUCAAGAAGGAGAUAGGAAUGACACUGAAUGUUUGGUUGGGUUUACAAGUGACAAUAUCAAUGAAGCAACAGAAGUCUCUGUUUAUCACAAUGGUCAGAAGGAGAAUGCUUUGUCUACAGUGAAAGAAAACAAAAUUCCUUUUAAUUGUUCUUACUGCUGCAAGAAAUUUAACUUCAAAAGUAGUUUGAUUGUUCAUCUAAGAAUACACACUGGAGAGAAACCAUAUGAAUGCUCAUACUGCAAAAAGAAAUUUAUACAGAGGGGUCAUUUGCAAAGACACGUAAUAUUGCACACCGGAGAGAAAGCAUUUGAAUGUUCGUAUUGCCAAAAAAGAUUUGCCCGUAAGACAACUUUACGAACUCACCUAAAUACGCACACUGGAGAGAAACCUUAUGAAUGUUCCUUUUGCAACAAGAAAUUUGCACAUACAUCAAAUUUGACAGUUCAUCUAAGAACACACACAGGAGAGAAACCCUUUGAAUGUUCUCACUGCAUAAAGACAUUCACAACUAAGAAUGGUUUAGAGUAUCACUUGAAAUUACACACUGGAGCGAAGCCAUUUCAAUGUUCAUACUGCAAAAAGAAAUUCUUACAAAUGUCAAGUAUGAAACGUCACCAAAGAUCACACACUGGAGAGAAGCCCUUUGAAUGUUCUUACUGCAAAAGGACAUUCUCGAUACUGUCCAAUAUGAAACGUCACCAAAGAUUACACACUGGAGAGAAGCCUUUUCAAUGUUCUAAUACUGCAAAAUGA